UCUCGUGGCAAUACACGAUGGCGACCUGGAUCGUCCUCGCCGCCGCCGCCCUCCUUCCUCUCGCCGUCCUGCUCCGCAAUGCCGCGUCCAGGAGGCGGCGCCGCCUCCCGCCAGGCCCGCCGGCCGUGCCGCUUUUCGGCAACCUGCUGUGGCUGAAGCACUCGGCGGCCGACGUGGAGCCUCUCCUGCUGCAGAUGUUCAAGAAGUACGGCCCCGUGGUGACGCUGCGGAUCGGGUCGAGGCUGUCCAUCUUCGUGGCGGACCGGCACCUGGCGCACGCGGCGCUCAUCGCCGCCGGCACCAGGCUGGCCGACCGGCCGCAGGCCGCCACCAACACGCUCCUCGGCGUCAGCGACAACAUCAUCACGCGCGCCGACUACGGCGCCAUGUGGCGCCUCCUCCGCCGCAACCUCGUGUCGCAGACGCUGCAGCAGUCGCGCGUCGACCAGUUCGCGCCGGCGCGCGUCUGGGUGCGCCGCGUCCUCAUGGAGAAGCUGUCCGGCGGCGGCGACGGGGCCAACGUCAUGGAGGCGUUCCAGUACACCAUGUUCUGCCUGCUCGUGCUCAUGUGCUUCGGCGAGCGCCUCGACGAGCCCGCCGUGCGCGCCAUCGAGGAGGCCGAGCGCGCGUGGCUGCUCUACAUCUCGAGAAGGAUGAGCGUCUUCUUCUUCUUCCCGUCGAUCACGAAGCACCUCUUCCGCGGCCGCCUCGAGUUCGCGCGGUCCCUACGGCAGCGGCAGAUGGAGCUAUUCGUGCCGCUGAUCGAGGCGCGGCGAGAGUACAAGAGGAUGGCGAGCCAGGGCCAGCCACCGGCGAGGGAGGCCACGUUCCAGCACUCGUACGUGGACACGCUGCUCGACGUCAAGAUCGCCGAGGAGGGCGACCGCUCUCUCACCGACGACGAGAUCGUCACGCUCUGCUCCGAGUUCCUCAACGCCGGCACCGACACCACAUCCACCGGCCUGCAGUGGAUCAUGGCCGAGCUGGUCAAGAACCCGGCCAUCCAGGAGAAGCUCUACGCCGAGAUCAGCGCCACCUGCGGCGACGACGACGAGCUCCUGGAGCGGAGCUUGAGGGACAAGGACAACAAGCUGCCGUACCUCAACGCCGUGAUCAAGGAAGGCCUGCGCAAGCACCCGCCGGGCCACUUCGUGCUGCCGCACAAGGCGGCGGAGGACAUGGACGUCGGCGGCUACCUCAUCCCCAAGGGCGCGACGGUGAACUUCAUGGUCGCCGAGAUGGGGCGCGACGAGAGGGAGUGGGAGAAGCCAAUGGAGUUCAUCCCGGAGCGGUUCUUGGACGGCGGCCACGGCGCCGGCGUGGACAUGCACGGGACCAAAGGGAUCAAGAUGAUGCCGUUCGGCGUCGGGCGGAGGAUCUGCGCCGGGCUCAACAUCGCCGUGCUCCACCUCGAGUACUUCGUGGGAUCCAUGGUGAUGGAGUUCGAGUGGAAGGAGGUGGAGGGCCUCGAGGUGGAGUUCGGCGAGAAGCGCGAGUUCACCACCGUCAUGGCGAAGCCGCUGCGUCCGCGCCUCGUGCCCAGGAGGAGUUAGACAUUUAUCUGAGCGUGUGUUUUUUUUUUCAAUUUAAUUGUCGUAUUAGUGACUUAGAGUUAGGUAUUUAGGUGUGAUUAGAUUAAUACAAAGUUUCUGUUGUUACUAGGUUAGGAGAGACAACUGAUUGAUCAUUACAAUAAUAUAUAGCAGCUUUUUCUAAAUUCCUCGCUCAAAAUUAUACAAAUGUCAAAAGAUCCAGUGAUCGUCAAAGA